AUGGGCGCCGUCGCUGCUCUGAUCCUAGCCGGUCUACUCGCCGCGCUCACGUACGUGCUUUGCGCGCUCCACUCCAUCGUGUGGGUGCCGUACCGCCUGGAGCGCCGCCUGCGCUGUCAGGGCAUCCGGGGGCCUCCCCGCAGCCUGCUCUCCGGAAACGCGGCCGAAUACGUCGCCAUGACCAAAGCCGCCCAGUCCGCGCCGCUCGCCUCCUUCCACCACGCCUUCAUCGGCCGCGCCGCGCCGCAGUACCGCGAGUGGGCGGCGCGAUACGGCCGCCCGUUCGUGUUCUGGUUCGGACCCCGCCCGCGGCUGGUGGUCUCCGGCCCGGAGGUCGCCAAGGCCGUGCUGACCGACUCCACGGGGGCCUUCGAGAAGGGUACCACCGGCAGCGGCAACAACCCGCAAGCUCGGCAGCUCAUCGGCGAGGGGCUGGUGGGGCUCACCGGGGAGAAGUGGGCGCACCACCGCCGUGUGAUCUCGCCCGCGUUCAACAUGGAGAGGGUCAAGGGUUGGAUACCAGAAAUAUCAGCUAUCACUUCAUCCAUGCUGGAUGAAUGGGAAGUCCAAGGAGAAACUCGAGCAGAGUUUGAGAUCGAUGUAAAUAAAGAAUUCCACACUUUGAGUGCGGAUGUCAUUUCUUGUGUGGCAUUUGGAAGUAGCUAUGAGGAAGGAAAGCGAAUUUUUCAAUUGCAAGAUGAACAGAUACAACUUGUCAUACUUGCUAUGAGAACCUUCUACUUUCCUGGCUUCAGGUAUGUGCCGACAAAGAAGAACCGAAGAAGGCAUAGCCUAAACAAGGAGAUCCGAAAUUCCCUGCGCAGAUUGAUUGACAUAAAUCGAAACAAGUGUGAAGAUUCCAAAAAUUUGCUUGGCUUGAUGCUAUCAGCCAGCAAAGCUGACAAUGAGUUUAAAAUGGGAAUCGAAGAGAUCAUUGAUGAGUGCAAGACAUUUUACUUUGCCGGUAAGGAAACAACUGCAAAUUUGUUGACUUGGGCAACACUUCUGCUGGCAUUGCAUCAAGAAUGGCAACACAAGGCCCGAGAUGAAGUCCUUCAAGUGUGUGGCAAGAACGAGCACCCAAACGCGGAAACCCUGAGCAGUCUGAAAAUUGUUAAUAUGGUGUUGAAGGAGACCCUCAGGCUGUAUCCUCCAGCUCUGUUCGUCAACAGGACAGUCACCAGGGAUGUGAAGCUGGGCAAACUUGACAUCCCUGCAGGCACUCAGCUCAACCUGCCUAUUAUUGACAUUCACCAUGAUGUUGACAUAUGGGGAGCUAAUGCGGAGGAGUUUGAUCCAUCGAGGUUUGCAGAUGGCAAGAGCUAUCACCUCGGUGCAUACUUCCCCUUUGGGAUUGGCCCUGCCAUCUGUGUUGGCCAGAAUCUCGCGAUGGUCGAGGCAAAGUUGGUGCUUGCAAUGGUGCUCCAGCGGUUUGCGUUUGAUGUCUCGCCAUCCUAUGUUCAUGCACCAAUGAUGGUGAUGACCCUCCAACCCCAAUAUGGUGCUCAACUUCUUAUCCGCAAGAUCUGA